UAUUAUUAAAGAGCGUACUGAAUUUGCCAAAAUGAAUUAUAUUACAAUUUAUAAUGAUUUGAAAUUAUUUGACCUUACCCUAUUUAGAAUAAGAAAGAUGGGAACUCUUACAUAUUAGAAAAAAUUAAAGCUUUUGCUCAAGCAAAUUAAGAGUUCCCAUGUUUGAGUUAAAUUGUACUUUGAAGUCUACACUUGCUGAAUAUAAAUAAGAAUGGCUUCCCCGCUUAAGUAGUUGUAGCUUAAGACUUACUUGGUAUCACAACACCGAAGCGGUAAGAAGAUAAAGGCUGCCAAUAAAACUACAACAACUAAAACGUAAAACCUUCACCUUUUUUUUGUUCUUUUCAUAUUGGGUUUUUUUCUGUUUUACAAUCUGUGAGAAUCCGAAAUAAUACAGUCCACUUCUAUCAUACAAACCUCACGAGAUUGUACAUGGUCCUUACGAGCCUCCACGAGGAACUGCGAAUAUUAAAUUUAAAAAGGAAAGAAAUCUUCACGAAAUUUUGGAAUUUAUAGGCCGAAUAUUACGCAAGAGUAAUGAACAACAACAACAAAAGCUCCCAAAAAUGCAAGGUCUGCCAAGACAGACAUCACCUGCGGUUUUGUUUGAUCUUCAACAAAAUGACUGUUUUAGAACGUGUAAAGGUGGCAAAGGAGAAGGGAUAUUGCUUUAACUGCCUUUGUGGGUCUCAUACCAGGGAAUGGUGCCGUUCUCGGAAUGCUUGCGCAGUGUGUAACAGAAAUCACCAUACAAAACUUCACGUUGAUGGUACCAAUGAGCCCAAAAAGCAAGCCCACUGCAACAAGCCAUAUUCAUACCAAAAACAGUCGUCACAUGAAUUUUUAUCAUCUCGUACCCAAAGUAAAACACACAAAGCCAAUUCAUCGCAUCAGAAACCAAAGUCUCAAGCAGAAGGAUACCAAAUAAGACAACGCCUUGGCGGACGGUCCAAGAAGCAUGUAUUUAUGCCAACUGCGUUGGCACGUGCAAUAACCAUAGUUGGAGCAAACAAGACCCGAAUUUUAUUAAACUCAGGAGCAACAGAGACUGUUAUAUUAAAGUCAUUUGUAAAAAACAAUCAGUUCCAGACAACAAAAAGGAAUGACAAAGAGUACUGUACGGUUAAUUUACAAUCGUUUCACGACAGUGCCGUCAAAAUACAAAUCCAUGGAUUGGUACAAUCAAAAUUUACUUCACCGCUCCAGAAAAAGUCCGAUCCCCAUUUCUAUCAUCCGGUCAACAUCGAUAUUGUGGUUGGCAACGAUGAGCUAGCGAAGGUGCUAAAGGCUGGUCUUAUCCAAACACCGUACGAACAAAACCACGACCACUUCCCCGGCUGUACGCAGCAACAGCAAUCCCAUCAGCAGCAGCAGCAGCAACAUCAGCAAUGGCAGGACAAAAUACCAAAAAGUCUGACUGUUGCCCGGCUUAAAGUGUCCUUUUGGCAAAAUAUUUACCCAACAACCAACCAACGGGCAAGGAUAACACAUUGCGCAGUAUUCGAGGAAUUUAUUUCGGUUGAAGUUACUUCAGUGCAAUAUGUCAUAAUCGUAAUUGAAGUGGUAGAAACAAGGAUAAAUUUCCAAGUGAAUUCCAGACAAAGAUCGCAUUUAAAUCUUAAGAAAAAGAAAUACGACAAACAGCUGGCAAAACAAUACAACAGCAGUGGCAACGACGUGUUAAUAUUGCAACAACAAAAACAAUUGUAG